AUGGAUAGAUGGAAGUUAAAAGAGAUAAAGUAAAUGGAACUUGGAGGUAACAAGAAUGCUCAGAUAUUCUUUGAAAAGAAUGCUAUGUACGUUGAUAGCAAGCCAAAUCACAAGGCCCCUGCACUUUCAAAGUACAAACAAGAUCUGUUGAAAAAGGUAGAGAUGGAAAUAAGCAAUGCAACAGGAGCUGGAGGAUUUUAAACUUAGGGAUCAGCAGUAUUCAAUCAAAAUUCAGACAAUAUCAAGCAAAUUUAUGGUCCUAAUAGCGAUGGACAGAAAUUUGGAAGUGAUAAUGUAUUUGAGUCUAAAAACACAUUUGGAUAAAUGAACCCUGGGCUAGCUGGUCCAGUAUUUAAAUUAGAACUAGGCGAUAGUUAGGAGGAAUCCAAAAUUUAAAUAAAGCCAAAGCCAAUUGUAGGUAAUGGACUUGUGCAAUAGUAAUAAUCAGGUACUUUUGGAUUAGGAGGAUUGAACCUUGGCAAGCAGGCUACUGAGGUUAAGACUUUAAAUGCUAAGAAACUGGAUGUAAAUUUUGACGGAGAUGACUUCUUCAAUUCUUUUGAGCCUACUAAAUUGAACACAGCAAGUAAUUUGCAAAAGACUGUAUCACUUGGAGCAAAUGAUAAGAGUACUAAAUUUGUUACAUAACUGCAGGAGGUUGAUGAUCAAUUCGACCUGGUCCCUAAGAAUAACAACAGCAAUAACAAUCACUCUUCAGGAAAUACUUUUACUCUGAAUAAAACUCUUAGCUUUGGUGUGUCUUCUGGCGCCCAGUAUACUUCUACAGAAACAGAUUACGAGGCAUCAUAAAGACUAAAGCAAUUAGGAAAUAAAAAAGGAAUUUCAAGUGAGGAUAUAUUUGGCAAAUAAGAAGUUAAGAGUGAAGAAGUUAAAUAAAAGUACUAGUCAUUGGCAGGGUAAAAAGCAAUAUCUAGUGAUAUGUUCUUUGGAGACCAAAAAAAAGAACCAAAAGACUUGGGAGAUGAAGUUGAGGGUUAUCUAAUGGGCAGAUCUUCACAAAGCAGUAAUAUUUUAAAUGUCAAAAUACUUUUUAUAGGCAAUAAUAGUUAUGAUGAAUAUAAGGAGCAAGCAGCAAGAAUAGCAGAAAAAGUCAGUGAAAAUGCAAAAAUACUUAAGAGCAAAGCACUCGACUGGCUUUCCACAUUCACCCAAAGUUGA